AUGUCGACGACAUCUACAACGAUCCAACAAGCAACCAGUUUGGAGGAAGCAAAAACUGGUAGUCCAACGACAAAUAAUAUUUCACAAGUAGCACCACAAGAUAGUAGCAGCAGCAAACUAAAGAAAGUUGGUGCUGGUUCAUUUCUCGAUAACAGUGAUAAAUCUUCUAUUUCCAACAGCAAAAAGAAUAGAAAUAGCUCUCAAAAAGAAAAGCAAAUUGUUAUACCUAACAAUAAUGUAGAAGAAACGAAAAUUACCAAACCUAUUACUCCUCCAAUUAUCACACAAGUUGAACCACAACCUACAGAAGUUGAAUCCACCUCUCCCAUUUCUCUUCCUCCUCAAACCUCUCCUGUUGGUUCCACUGUUUGGCUUUUGCCUCCUUUGGACAUUGAAGACAAAGACAGAAAAUGCCUUGUUCUUGAUCUUGACGAAACUCUAGUUCACAGUUCUUUCAAGAUUAUUCCUAACCCUGACUUUAUUGUACCUGUUGAAAUCGACAAUCAAUACCAUAACGUGUAUGUAUUGAAAAGACCCGGUGUUGAUGAAUUUAUGCGUAAAAUGGGAGAGAAAUAUGAAAUUGUUGUAUUCACUGCCAGUUUAGCUAAAUAUGCAGAUCCUGUACUUGAUAUGCUCGAUAUUCACAAGGUAGAUUUAUCACAACUUGGACGAGAACUCGCAUCAACACUUAUUCUCGAUAAUUCACCUGCUAGUUAUAUAUUCCAUACAUCAAAUGCUGUCCCUGUUUCGACAUGGUUCAACGAUCCUCAUGACACUGAAUUAACUGAUCUCGUUGCAUUUUUAGAAGAUUUAACAGUCGUUGAUGAUGUCCAGCUUGUAUUGGAUAACGUAAUAGAUCCUUCUUCUUAA